AUGACAUCCGUGCGACAUGCCUGGCAUACUUACGCAGCCUUCGCCGAUGCUGUGCAAUCUGUGCGUUGCACGUCCACAAGACCGAUAGCCAAGCACGUGCGUGCGCCACUCCUAGUCCGAAAAGCGCAUUCUAAGAAGCCUCCAAGAACGUCAGCAAAGAAGCAUACCCUCUACGCUUAUCUUCUCUCGCAGGUCAAGGGUGCCAACGAUGAUGGACUGUCGACCGCAGAAGCUUUGCCGACAAGACCGCCCGGGCCCAGUGUCAGAAAGGGCACGAGGGCGCCUUUAGCACUUCUUUCUCUGCUAAGCCGCGAGAGACUUGAGGCAGAAUCUUCUGUAAACUCGCAAGGAGUAGCACAAGAGCAGCUCGAAGACUCGACAAAUGCUUUCCCUGGCGCAGCACAGCGCAAGACCCCUGCACAGCAGACCGAUGCUUGCGAGGGCACAGAACUCGAGGAUUGCACUGCACGCGACACAACGGCACUCAAACGCAUGGGGCCGAAAUCUAGUGGACCAUCAACGCUAUGGCAAACACUUUCGAAGCUGAUUUGGGAAGGGCAUCCCGAUACGGCGAGGAUGGUUUUGCUCAACUCACUGUUCCAACACCGCCACUCGCUACAGUUUGCGGAGGUCUCAAAGAUGACAUUAGAGGCGCGGGAGGUGGAGGCACUUCUCAUCAACAUGUUGCAUGAGGUCAGGCACUCCGAGUCAGCUCGCGGAUUUCCAGAACCUGUCUCAGCGGGUCGCGUGGUGAGCAAAACGCUAUGGAUGCCUCCCGGCUCGACACGAGGCAUUAGCAUAGAGCCCCACACACAGACGCUGGUCGCUCUGCGAUGGCUGUUCCACGCGGCCAUCAGCGUCGGGCUACCUACGACAUCGCGCAUGGUAAUGGCGGUCCUUCGAGCGUAUCGGAAUCGACCAAAGAAUCGUGCAGAGCUCAUCAAUGCAACUUUCAAUCACGUUGCUGGCGCUGGCGCAACGACUUACGACGUUUGUUCACCGAAUUUCGAGUUCGAAGCAAGUGCAGACCUCAAUCCUCUCGCCAUACCUGUGCAGAUAGUUCUGCCUUUGCUAGAGGCGCUGGCAAGGUCAGCUCAGUUCGAGAGAGGCGAAGAGUUCCUGCUUUGGUGGGCUGCGGCACGACCAUCGAGCUCGCUUCCUCUCGAACAGCCGAAGCGAAACACUGCCGACCUCGCGCCUUUGACAUUGCCUCUUGUGCAGACACGAUACAGGAAAUUCACCGAGCCUUCGUCAGUACCGAAUGUCGCCUGGGCUCACCAAGGGGGCAUAUGGGCAGCGCUCAUUGAUGGACGAACAUCGGCCGGAGACUUUCGAGGAGCCUCCAUCUGGCUCCAUCGCUACCGCGUCUUUCUACAACAGGCAAAGCUGCAAACCGACCAAUGCUCAAGAGGCGAGAUACAGGCUCGGAAAGGCAUCGCUGGAGAAGCCCCAGUCACAAUCCGUCAACAAGCUCUGCCUUACGAAGCCUUUGCCAAGGCUUGUUGUGGCCGCAUGACUCGACGGGGAAAUCACGAUGCGUCGGAAGUGGACUACGAUUGGAUCAAAGUCGCCGCACCAUUGAAACGAGCACGAGUCGAAGCGGUGAAGCAGGUCCUGCAACACGCCAGACUGGACGGCGUGCGAUUCUCUCCUCGCACCGCACGCUUCCUCAUACAGUUCAUGGCCAUCGCGUACCCUCGUUCGGAAAGACUGGGUAUGCUGGUAUCACAAAUCGCAGUGGACACCGCUACACACAGGGAGAAGACUUCGAACGGACCCAUCUUGGCGGAAUGGUUUGGCCCGCUGUGUCGACUGCAAGACCACAACAUCUUUCCUAGAGGUGGCGAUGUAGCGCUGAGCAAGGAAGUGCUACAAGAUCAAGCUCUGGCGGAGUCUGCAAAGCUGAUCGUUGAUAUUAUGCAAUCACCACGCGAUUUGUUGGCAUAUAUGCUUCUAGCGCAUCAUCGCCAGACCCAAGGAGCUCCUUCGAAGGCGUCGGCUUGGAUGACGACGCAAAAUUUGGAAAGCAUCGUGCGGUCGUGUCUGAUCGCCAAGGACACCCCAGCGGCCAUCAUCGCUUUACGUUCCCAUCGCAUCUGUAAUAGGGCUACGAGCUUUGAGCUUCAACGGACCAUCCUCAAGAUCGCAGAGAAAGAGGCAGGUCUUCCAGCUCUCAAGGAGAUUUAUCGCAUCUUCUUUUCAGCAAAAGAUUCUCAGACGGAAGGGGAAACGCUGGGGUUCACCGUGCCCUACAGCUUCCUGGGACACGACAGCUCUCCGCUUCGGAUGCUAGAGCAUUGCCUCCGACUCGUUCUCGUAACGCAGGUGCAGCUUGCCCGACGACUAUUGGAUCCGAGCAAUCAUAGCCUGCAGAUCACACAAAGCCAAAUCGAUCCUUCCAGGUACGAUACCCUUGGUAGGAGGGGCCGCUAUGGCACCCGACACCGUCCCGUCUGUCCAGCUUGGGCCUUUGCUACUGCAAGGAGCUUGAUCAGCAGCGCUAAUGCCGAGCGCUCAGAAGACAGGGAAAUGAUCCGGCUAGCUAUGAGCGCUGCCAACAAAGAAGUCAUCAAGCCCCUAAAGGGUGCUUCGGCAGCCCGCAAGCGGCGCGGCGCGGACGCACAAAACGGAAUCUUUGUUGACCUCGACUAG